CAAAUUUUGUGCAAGGAGGAAACCUGCUCAGUUAACAAUAGAAUAUUGUGACAAUUGUUUUUUUGGAAAAUCGGAAGCACUGCGCUGGCAAUGAUCCUUGGUGCGGGCGGCAGUUGAGCCCGGCGCCUUCCUUUAGCUGCUAGAUCCCUAUGGCUGUCUUGCGCCGGCUGUCGCAACAAGACAAAGCGUAUCCCAGCAGCAGACAGCCAUGCUUCACAAGACUGUCUCUCUGCUAUUUUUUUAAACCUGCAAUCACCCUUGUUCAGCAAUUAAGAUCAUCUGCCGCGCAUGGUUUAAGAAGAUUUCGGGGAUGGUAUGGCGUCACCCAUUUCUUUUGACGACGUCGCCUAGAUAGCAGCCGGCCGCCGCCGUCAAGAGUGGCAGCGAGAUUUUGCAAGGGCGUCUCGUUUAAAUCAUUUCUGCAAAUAUCCUCGGCAAUAUAUUUUUUAUUUAUUUUCAGCACCAACUCAUGGGGUGACGCAGAGCAACGCUGACCCGCCGCGUUGACCCGAGUUGCCCAGGACACCGGCAUCGUUGUUGACGCGAAGUCUCCUCGGUGCUUAUGAAACUACUACUUCUCGUGCUAUUUUCUGCUUCAUCGUGCUUUAUCUCUUUACUAGUUCAUUUCAGUUGUAUCAGGCACUCAUUCGGUCGUUGUAUCGUGACGUCCGUUGUUUCCGUGUAGGACACUUCGGCUGUUCCAGGUUGUGCCUCAUGAGCAUGUCUUCGCUUCAGCUCGCGUCUGCGGACGCUAGAAUGGGGAAGGAGGAUAGAGCCACAACGGUCCCAGGACCAGGAAUCUCGCGUCUUUCCCUACGACAGUGCGUGUGCAGUCUUCUUCUUUCCGUAUGUACACUUGGGAUCCCAAUUAAGUCAGCCAUUCUGGGCGUUGCAUCGUUCUCAGGGAGUGAUGUGAGUAGAUUCUACGUACCCCACAUAGGGGGGGUUGGAGCACGGUCAGUUUCUUUGACUGAAGACGAAUACUUGCCAGAACAGAUCAACUUCCCCCCAGCAGCUGAGGAGGCACGCGAUGGAGUUUUUUCGCAAUGGAGAGGUGUUCGUCGUGGGGUGGCUGUUCAACGGCAUGAGCAUUUUGAUGGCUCUGCCAUUAAUUCACACGAAGAGGACGCAGAUGUCUCCUUGGAACAGCUCAUGAAUGACCUCGGGGUGGGUGAAGAUGACGUAGAGGAGAGAGUAUCAAGCUGGCAGGGGACGUCUCACAGUCGCUCAGGUGCCGAUGUCACGAUGAAUGCGUUUGGUUUUUCGGAGCUGAAGUCAACUAAGUCAUCAACCGCGCCUAGUGACUCCGUCAAGGCUGCAGCAACCAGAUUGAAUCCAUCAGAUUCGAAAUAUAGAGAGCAACGAGUGAUGGAUCUGCUCGAACAACUUGAGACUUUAACUCGACAAACGCCAGUUGCGGGGGAAGACGAUCAGUUUGUCGACUUUUCGUUCGAGCCAGACUCGGUAACGACAAGUGACAUUAACGAGUCUCCUUCCUCAGUAGAAGGCAGGCGUGAUGUGUCGCAGGCAUAUGGUGACAUUCGUCCUAAAUCAGCGACUACCCUCUUCCGCGACACCGAGGCAGGCAUUUCAAUGACGGAUGUAUCCGGCGACGACGAUUCGUCGGCAAGACAUGGUGAUAAAGGCGACUCCUCGAAUGAACAAGCCAUUGAACCUCCAAGCGCCAACGAAGCAGCUGAAUCUGAUUCGUCACAUGAUUCAACAGAUGUGGCAGACGGACCGGCGGAAGCUGGAACGGAAGAUCCGUCUGGAGGCAGUCCACAUUCACCUGAGUCUGAGCCAGGCAACGCCGUAGCCGAGGAAUCGUUGACAUCCAUGGAGAGGAAUGAGAAAGAUACCGCUGCGCAGCCAAUUUCAACAGAGCCAGUGGCUGAACAGCCGGACGUUGAAACUACAUAUACAGAGACGAACACGCAAACACCGAAGCGGGAUACGGACGACGAGAUACGCCAGCAGGGCCGUAUGGAAGCCCAUUCAUCUACGCAAACUGUUACGUCGAAAGCACCCGCCGAUUUUUCAGACAUGAUGUUGGCGAGAUUACGGGAGGCAUCUCGUGGCAUGGCGAGUGUCCUGCAAAUCGUCGAGCAUGGCCGCUUACUAGAUGACGAUUCACUCGUGACGGUUGCAUACCAUUUCCCAUUUGAAACUCGUGAGAGUCGAAGAAUCGCGUUUAUCAUAGUUGCCUUACCUCCAGGCUACACCGCACGAGCUGGGCGACCGCUAUGCGAAUCAGUGGAUCCGGACAUGCCUCCCCUCUCCUGCGAAGUGCGGCUUUCACACCUGCCUGAGAAUGCAUUGCGUGAAACAUCAGAACAGAACGUCUUUAUUCAAGUGAGUAGCGCGGACAAAAGUCGCAGCCUUCCCCUCGGAAUGCAUCAUUUCGCCGUUGCUGUCCACACUCCUAGGCUUCCAAUCGCCCCCAAUAUACCUGCAAACUGGUGGUUUGUUACAUUCCGCUUCACUGGCGGUCACGCUGUUACCAAACAUUUUGAGAAUCGUGUGCUAAUAGCCCGCGAAAAGUGCACUUGGGGCAGCUGGAGACAGGAAACUCCAUGCAGCUCCACGUGUGGAGAGGGAGUGGAGGUGUGGAGCCGUACACUGUUUGGGGGAGAAAGUGAGGAGGCCUGUGGUGGAGCGUUACUAAAGAAAAAAUGUUUCAGAGCGGAGUGUAGUGUCAAUUGCCAGCUGGGUCCAUGGGAAACAAUCGUUGAUUGUACGAAGAGUUGUGACGCAGACAAUCGUCGCGGCUAUCAGGUGAGCAUUCGUAAGGUUCUUAUGGACAAGGAUGGAUGGGGUGUUGAUUGUAAGCGCCUCUACCCCUGGAAUCCUGAGGCUCGAGAAGGAUGGUCGGGAAAACUCGGCGCCGUUGUUCGCCUCUCCGUAUGUGAUACAAAGUUCAGGCAGGCAUGUGAACCGGAACUCGGAUGCAGGGUUGAGGAAGUCAAUACCAGAACCCUCUCGGUUUCCUAUCCGUGGGGCUCUUGUCCUUUUCCCUGUGGAGGCCUCGGGAAGAUCACAAGUAUCGUUCAAGUGGCAAACGGGAUACCCAGGUGGCUCGGCGAAAAGGAUUUCCCCGAGUCUUUUCAGGUUCCUUGCAGAGCGGACAAAGAACCGCUCGUCAAGCGUGUCCCGUGCAACACGUUCGACUGUGAGGAUUGCUCUGUAUAUCUGGAGCAUGUGAAAGACACCACUUCAUUUCGGGCCUGGAUUUUCUUCCUGCCGUCGCAAGAUGCAAACACCAUCAGAAUCACUGCUCCUCGAGGCAUCAACUUUGACCUGAACGCUUCCGCGUCUGCUACAGAUGCCAAGAGUGGUGAAGAUCAAACGGGUCAUCCAAGGGCAGAUGGUACAGGGCAGAAGGCCAUUCUUGCAGAAAAUCAUGCAGUAGGAGCCGGCCAGGCUGUGCACUGGAAGGCGACGCAUCUCCUUCCUCAAGCGAGAAUGCCAACAGAAGAGGAGAUUUCGGUCAGUGCGGCAGGACGACAGAAGACCCAAAAGAGUCAUGCUGAAAAUCAGAGAUCCACGAGCAAUCCCGACACCGAAACGGGCAAAAGAACUCCAGAGGGCAUUCGUGAGCUUUAUAACGAAAACGCUUGUGCCACUCUUCCUACAUCUUUUGGCUACAUCUCCAGUUGUGGCGUAUCGCCGUCAACAAAGUACGAGGGUGCUCAGCAAGCCACGAUGCAUCUGUCAGGGUUCAUCGCACCCCGGGUGGACGCUGACUUCGACCGGCGCAUAUACCCUCAUUUGCAGCCUGAGAGCGCCGAGCGCCAUCUGAAGGAAGGGUACGUCGAGGAAAAUCGGAGGCCCGAAUGGAUGGCGGUGCCUGUCACUCUAGAGCAAACGACAGAAAUGGAAACUUCUGGAAACUUCUACAUGUGGCUAUCGAGUACUUCGAGUCCUCGUGAUCCGGAAGUCUUCAAAUGCCAUCUGAAGACGAAGCUAGCUGUCCCAGUAAAAUGCCGAUAUGACUAUUCGGUUGUAGAUCCCACGGAUUGUGCCGACUGCCACCUAGGCAGCCCUAAAAAGAUCAUGACAUUCCGGCAGUUUGUUCCAGCAAAGCAUGGAGGAAGCUGCUCGAUUCCUCUAGAGCAGCGAUUCAAGAAUGCCGUCGCUGUGUAUGCAAAGUGCACAAAAGGCUGUGGACACGUACAAGACAUGCAUUCGUCCCCUGGUGCUGCUGAGGAGACCAGUGGAACGAACGUGGGCACAGGGAAAAUCAAAACAGAAGCAACACCUCUAUCAUCUCGCCUGAAAAGCGUGUCGCGGGGAACUCUCAAACGAAUACUUGACCGGGCAGCAAAUCGACUACCCACUGAGAAUGGUAUGUAUGAAGCUGUUCGUGCUUCGUCGCAAGUGUACCGCAUCGAUGUGAACGGGAUCCCGGCUUUUGAAGACGUCAUGAAGCAGAUGGCCGACACCACAUCAAGUGAAGAGAUGGGAGAGCUUCACACAGGUCGUGACUAUACAGGAGGUUCACAGGAGCAUACGGACGACGCAGCGGGAAGCUCAGCAGCUACAGAUAGUUCAGCAGAAGAACGACCCGUACGGCUAGAAGCAGAAUCCGAACGCUCAGACACUGGAAGUGCUUUGGUUCAAGAGGAAGGUAGCAGCACAACCAAUAGUGGUGAAAAUGCGUCAGAUAUUGAAGAGGAAUCGGAAAACGGGAAAAUCGGCUAUUAGAAAGCCGUCGUCGACUGGUGCGGGAGGUUCAUGAGGCGAGGAGCAAGGCUGCAGCCACUUGUGAGUGAUUCAGCCUUACAUAGGUCGAAGAUUCUGCUGCAGCUCCUUCUGAUGUGACAGCGCCCCCACUAAUUUUAUGCCGUUCUAGAUGCGUGCCUGUGAUACAUUCGCAGUGGUGUCGAUGGAAAAAGAUGUGUUGGUGGAUGCGCUGCAUAGGGGUACUAAAGAUUCCUGAUGAAAUGAACUGAGAUUCAGUCGAGGAGAUGCAAUUCGUUAGACAUAGAGUACUAUCAUGGAUUAAUUUGCGAGUACUACUGCAGUGUCUCAGAAAUUGCCUCUAUGCGUCUGCUGCUUUCAGAGACUUGGCCGUGCAUCACCAAAUCCGCCAGCGCUGUGUACAGCAUUAUUUUCAGUAGUUGAUUUUCGAGUUUGGCGAAUUAAUGCCGAUGCAGUACUUGCAAACUCAAAGUAUAAUCGGACACAGCCGUUAUUCAACGCCCCGCUGAUAUCGUUUAAUCUUUUUACCAAUAUACGGAUUUAAUCGCCGCGGGGCCAAUCACGGAAGAGCACGCGAUCAAUCAGACUCAUCGGGUUUUACGCAUGGGUACUCACUGGGUAGCGCUUAGGAUGUUGCAACCUUGAGGGGUGGAACAACACCGUCAAAGCGACGGUUCAUACUGGUGAAUGCGUUUCGCCAUCAUGCUUCCUCUUAGAUCCAACGCUGCUGCAUGGAUGUUUCCUUCACGGCCUGCAUGAUACUUGGUACCUCAGGAUUAUGGCCUAAUACUAGCGAUUGCUCGCCAAGAACAAUAGCUACAGAAUGCCGCUGUCUCAAAGCUGUGUUAAACAUUCUGCUGGUCCUUUAGUUUGUAUGACUACACAGGCGCAGUGGCUGAUGUACCCUAUUAAUGCCGUUAUUACAUGCCAGUCCUAAGAAAAACUUUAAGCCCUUGAUCCAUGUUUACUAUGUAAUUCUGCUUCAGGAAGAGCCAGUUUGGGUUCCAGUGUUGCUCGGAUGUCUUGGGCCUUAGAGCUACUGAUUUCCAGGCGAUUUUACUCCUCAUGAGGUAUAUAUAAUUCGCCAGUGGUAGCGAACUCGCGUCCAGCAACUUGUGUUAAAUGAUGGUUCGAAUGACCUUCACAGAAGUUUAUGCUGGCCGUCGUCCUCAACACGUCUAUUCCUCUCCAUUUAACAUGUGCUGAGCUACUGUAUCGAAACAGAACUAUUCGUGCCUAGAGCAGCUCGCUUCGACUUACCUUCAAUGUUUUAAGGCCUAAUAUUCAAUAAAGAAACUCUCCGUGGUAAACCACCAGUCGCCAACGAAGGCCUAGGAGUCGGAGACAUCGACUGUAAUCCUUCAUUCGACCCUGUCGUUAGUUUGCGGAUCAGGACCUUCUUUUCAAUGUACUUAGUUCACAUUUGCUUCCGCCAGUGGCCUUCCUGGCAACACGACCGGGCGUCCGAAUGUGGUGUGUUCAUUGUCGCUAGUGUGUGAAAGACCGACCAUAGAUCUUGCUUGCCCUCGAAGCCCUCAGCGGCUUUUGGCAGAGAUCUUACUGUGUGCAACGUGGUCCGGAUUUGGCUAUGGGCAAUAACUUUCGAUAUCUAUCCGGAUAAAUUUUACCUGCGAUGGUUCAUGCGCAUAAAUCGUAUCACCGUGGUCCUGCAUUGUUCUACGCCUUUGAAUUGCACUUUUUUCCUUUGAAGGGGACAGGGCGAUCAAUGCCUAGGACUGAAAUAUUGUGGAAAGUAGUGACAUAUAGAACAGGUUUCAAUACGGGGAUGGA